AUGGCGACCACAACUGGUAGCGACUCCAACGGCAUAACCAUACAACAGCCAAAACCGCGCCAUCCCAAUUCACAGUCAUUGAGUGCGCUCCGCGAAGACGCUACUGCCGCCGCUUCACCAGCUCCUUCUAGUGCUCCAAGUACACCGGGGCCGAGUACUCCUACCAAUGCUCCGCCCUCGGUCAAAGCAACCGCCUCAGCUCGUAAGCAAGUCCGCGCAGAGCAAAAGAGAGCCUUCCCGAGGAUUCAAUAUGCCCCUCGUGUCAGUCACUUCGACCCACGCUCCGAAUACUCCAACUUUAGGGGCUUCUUUGUCCUCUUUUGGAUAGCCUUGACCAUCAUGGUUCUUACCACCAUGCUGCGCAACAUGAAAGAGACGGGCUAUCCCUUGAGCAUGCGCCAAUGGGGUCUGUUCACAAAGAACAUAUACGAGAUGGCCAUAGUAGACUUGGUCAUGGUUGCUAGCACUGGCAUAAGUCUGCCCUUGAACAAGCUGUUCAAGAACAGCAAGGGUGCGCUUCAGUGGAAGCACCAAGGCAUGAACGUACAAAUUGUUUUCCAGGCCUUUUGGUUGUUGCUAUGGGUCACAUGGCCUUUUGUGCGCGACUGGACAUGGACCGCCCAGGUCUUCUUCACUCUGCAUCUUCUUGUCAUGUUUAUGAAGAUGCACUCGUAUGCCUUUUACAAUGGUCAUCUCGCCAACACACUACAACGUCUGUCCGCGCUCGACAAUCCCGCUUCGAAUGCCUCGACCGCUGCUGCAGUCAAGUACCCCUCCUCGCAGACUCCGAUCGAUGAUAUCAACGACGAAUUGAAGGAGGAAGAGAACACACAGGCGGAUUCUCUGACACAGUUGCGUGAAGACUUGGCCAUGGAACUGGUUUCUCCAUUUGGUCGUCUCACUUACCCUCAGAACCUCACGGUUGCUAACUACUUCGAUUUCUUACUCUGUCCGACACUAUGCUACGAACUUGAGUAUCCCCGUACGGCCUCGCGUUCCUAUCUUGAGAUUUUCUAUAAGACCUUAGCGGUCGGAGGCAUCAUAUUCUUGCUUACCAUCACCUCCGAGGAGUUCAUCAUUCCUGUGCUCGACGAGUCUGCCGAGCGUUUGAAACAUCAGCGCGACUGGCAUGAGGGCAGUCUAAUAUUUGCAGAGACUGUCAGCAGAUUGCUCUUCCCAUUCAUGGUUGCUUUCUUGUUGGUCUUUCUUGUCAUCUUCGAGUAUCUCCUCGGUGCCUUUGCAGAAAUUACUUGCUUCGCCGACCGACAAUUCUAUUCGGACUGGUGGAACAGUCUCGAUUGGCUCGAGUUCUCACGCGAGUGGAACAUCCCAGUCCAUCAUUUCUUCCGCCGCCACGUUUACUCAGCAUCUCGCAAGACAAUGUCUCGUCCAGUGGCUACUUUCAUAACCUUCCUGGUCUCCAGUAUAGCACACGAGCUCGUCAUGGGUUGCAUCACCCGCAAAUUCCGCGGGUACGGCUUCGUAGCCAUGAUGUUGCAAAUGCCAAUAGUUUUGGUCCAGCGUUCUAGGUGGAUUCGGACCAGAACCGUACUCAACAAUUGCUUAUUCUGGUGUUCGAUGAUUCUCGGUUUGAGCAUGAUGUGCGCAUUGUAUGUUUUGUUGUAG